UGUAUUCUGCGGUUUUUGUUCACGUUUUGGGGCAUUUUGCGUAAAGAUGCUGGCUUGUACAGAGAUAAUCACCAUGUGUUUGCAGUCCGCCAAACACAAGCAUCUCCGGGAGCAGCAGCAGCAGCAGCAGCAGCAGCCGCCGCAGCAGCACAUGCCCGGACAGGGACUCACCAUCUUCCACGAUAUAUUCCGACGCGCAGACAAGAACGAUGAUGGGAAGCUGUCGUUCGAUGAGUUCAAUGCUUACUUCGCAGACGGCAUCCUGACCACUGAGGAGCUGCAGGAGCUCUUUUACUCCAUCGACGGACGUCAGAACAACAAUUUGGACACGGACAAGCUCUCAGAUUAUUUUUCCCAACACCUGGGCGAAUAUCUCAACGUGCUUUCAUCGCUGGAGAGUCUGAACAUCGCUAUACUUAAGGCCAUGGAUAAAACCAAAGAGGAGUACCAGGGCUCAAGUGUUCUGGGCCAGUUCGUCACACGCUUCAUGCUCCGGGAGACAUCGAGCCAGCUGUCGUCUCUACAGAGGUCACUUCAAUGCGCCAUGGAGGCUGUGGAGGAGCAAAGCAGCCCAGCCCCAAGAGAAGCAAAGACCACUGACCUGACAACGGCACCGAGAAACACCAGACGCUGCGGUCAGAAGAUCCAUAACAAUCUAUGCCUGUCCCCGUCUGACCCCCGCUCUGUCCUGACCAAUGGUGUGAGUCUGGGCCACGAGGAGAACUGGUGCUCCCAGAUCAACAAGCUCCAGCAGCUCCUGGACAAGCUCGAGUGUCAGGGUCCCAAGUUGGAGCCUCUCAACGAAGACACACUGGCCAGCACAUACAAGUCUAACAUCCUGCUGGUUCAGAGGCAGAUGUCCGUAAUUGAAGCCGAUGUGGACAAAUUUCAGAUGGUUUUGAAGAGCUACCUCGGAGCCACAGCCGCUCAGACCGACAACCUGCACGUGUCCGUUCAGAAGCUCCCUGGAAAGUCCUGUUACAUAAUGUAUGAGUUCUGGCAGGAUCGUCUCUCCUGGAUGAGUUACCUCCAGUCCAACAGCAGUAAAGACUUCCAGCGCUGUGUCAUUGAUAUACUGGAGGAUGCUGAGGUCGUGUCCACUAUGCUGCUCCCUGCUUCCUGGUGGAUCAUGUCCAACAACAACAACAACAACUGAUCUCCUCGUAUCCUUCUUCUUCUGCCUGCACUUUCACCAACAAAGAGAUGCCAGCGCCCCCAAUCUGCCCUCACACUUACAACACCUGGAUACCACAGCGCCCCCUAGCACCAUCUCUCUGAAGCGCUCCUCCUCCCACCGCUAAUAAGGAAAUUAUUCUGUGCACCCUGCCUGUCCAUAGACUUGAAAUUGAACCAGCUCUCUGCAAUGCAAAACCACUUUUUCCCAUCUUAAUCUAAAUUGUACUUUGCUCAUGUAUUUUUUGUUGUAUUGUUUGUCUUAUAUAACCAGAAGUACAAUCCAACUCAGCACGACGCCCGUAGAGCCAAUGGAAUAUUUAAAGUGCAUAUGACAGGUUUUCAUGUUUAUCUAGUUAUUACUUUGUUUGGUGGGAUAGUACUUGUGGUAAAUAUGUAUUUUUUAAUAGUUUUACUCCAGUCAAGUGGCAGUUUGUGAAGUUUAAGAACAGUAGUUGAAAAAUACAAGAAGUAG